CUCGCUCAUUCACUCGCUCACUCGCCCACUCGCUCACUCACACAACCUCGCUCGCUCACGCGUACAUGCAAAACACGCGUUCGUUGAUGACUACCUGACCAGAACUCGAGCUCGGCCAGUCACGUGGCCACCGAUCGCGAAGGAUGUUUGUGAGAUCGCAAAGUCAGUCCGCGGCGGUCGGUCCGUCGAGAAAGAGAGGCUAGAGGCGCGCGAUCGGGCGCGAGAGAAGGAGGGAGACGGAGAACGGGACGGAGGGGAGGAGAUACUGGAUCGGGGAUACCGCUCGGGGGAUCGUCGCUUGCUCUAGCUCUACCUGUCCGAAGGCAUCCGGCGCGCGUCGGCUCGCUUCUCCGCGUCGGAAUCACGUCUCUCGGCACGGAGGCGCCGAGAGUGUGCUAUCGCGAUUGGUUUUGCAGUGCCAUGAGGAAAAAAGUGUCCGGCCGACGGAAAGGGGAAUUCCUGGUGUGUCUGAAGUAAUCGUCGCGCGUUUCGCGACGGAACGCCUUUAGCAGCGUCGUCGUCGCGAGAAAACGUUCGGUAAAAAAGGAACGCGAGAGCUGCGAGAGGUUCGCUUGUGCAUUUAGAAAGCGCGGUUCGCGCGGCAUUUCGGUGCACUGAAACGUGGAAGACGCGGUGUGAUGUCGAGCGAGACCCCGCCGGUGAUUGUGUAGACGCGGAUGAUGCGAGAUGGUCGGCCAAGUGGCUUCGAUCGGCGUUGCUUCGGCCGCGUCUUCGCUCGGAAUUCGUACGUGAAUUUUCAGGUGUUCGGCGAACUCUUUUUCUCUCCGUCAGUUCAGUGGAGAAGUUUAACCGUUGAACUUUGGAGCGAGAUUCGGAAGGAGGCGAGCAUUGUCGCCGGGAGCUUGAGAGAAUUGCGAUCGUUAUCGAAUUCGAUCGCGAGCGUUCUGUACGCGCGCCGCUCUGCGAAUCGCGGUAUGCGAUAGAAAGUUCAUUCGCGAAACGAGCGAUAAGAGCCAGUUUGUCGCGCUCGUUCGCGCGAGGAGGUCAGAAUCGCCGGAAAGUCUGCUUGUACGCUCUUCGUAAAAGGAAAGCACGAGCGAUCGAGAUAGAAAGGCGAGUAUCGAGGCCGUAACAUCAUCUCGCGGAUCAGCCUGAAUGAAACUUGAAGAGAAAGGAACGAAGCAGGCACGAGAAGAAUUUCUUGUAGAAAAUCCGAGAAAACGUGCCUGGGCACGAAAUCGUUAACCGAGGAAUUGCCUGCCGACCCGCCGUGGAAUUGUUGCGCAUCCGUCGCGCGUCCGAAAGCCGUCUCAUUGUGAUCGCUCGGAGAAUUUCGAAAAUCAAGGACACAUCGGCGCCGAGCUUGAAGCCAUUUAAGCGAACGAAAACGACACGCGAGCGUGUGCUUCUCGCGGAAUUGUAUGCAAAGUCGCAUCGCGGCGAUAUCGCGCGUCGAUCGGCGCGAGCGAUCGCGACCCGCUUACGGAUAAAGAGGACGCGCCGGACUCGAGCGGAGAAACGAAAGAGAAGAGGCGAAAGAGAAGGAAAUACGAUGAAUCGAGGGUAGAUUGCGGCGAUUUCGCUGGCACAAUGGUGUAAGAGCGCGCGGCGACGCAUUGCACAACAAACUGCUGUCAUCCCUAAUCGACAUUUAAUGCACGCUCGUUCGCGCGUUUCGAGCGAACGAAAAUAAUGGUCGAAAACACACGUCUCUAGAAGCUGCGAGGAAUUUCAAGAGAAAUCCUCUCUCGCGGUUCCAAAUCAAACGUUGUCAGGAAUUCGAAACACCGUCGUAAACGUCGAAUUGAUUUCCGCUUUCCGAAGAAUCCGAAGGAUCGUUUCGGAAUUUUCGAGCGAGUGGCGGAAUACCGCUAGCGGGGAAAAAGUUUACCGAGCGCACACGGCGUUCGCCGACAUUUUUUCACGACAUCUCACGCUCCAACGGUACACAACGGUCGUCAAACGCACACGUGCGAUAAGCGACGUGUGAUAAGCGUCAUCUCGUAUCUUCAAGAAGGUUUAUCGCAGCGCGCAGUUUUCAUCGGUCAUGCGAGGUGAAGGUGCCUCGCAUUUACCGCUGACAUUUCGUAUCGCGGAGUAGCAGCCGCGUGUUUUCGCGAAAUCGCAUCGAGGAACGCGCGAUUGUUUGGCCGAAAAAUUUCCGACGCGGUUGAAAAUCGUUCCAUUUCGUUCGAGCGACGUUUCUUAUUUCGAAAUCGCAUCGAGUGACGCAAGACCGAACGAAACGCGGUUGGUAAAACGCGUUGUAAUCCAUAUCUCUCACCGAAGGAGUUCCGCUUCGGAUUCAGUGCUGACUUUGCGCUUCGAAGCGGCGUACAGUUUCAGACACGCAAACGUGUAAUAAGUGAUGAGCGGUUAGGCGAUCCGAAAAGCAAGCGGAAUGCAGUUGGCAACCAGUCAGAGACCUCACCCGCCUCCGGUGCCGCCGCGGCCGAGUCGGCAGGUGGUUGCCGAGGCCCUUAAGAGGUCGCCAAGGCCGCCCUGUCCCACCCGGCAGGCGCCGCCGCCGCCGAACACGAAGCCCUGGAGAUCCGAUCAGCAACAGGUGGGCCCAGCGGGCGGACGCACAAUCAUAUACGAGUCCAUCAAGGAAUGCGCGAAGGACAUCAGGGACGAGAGCGUGUCCAGCGAUGGGAAUCAGCGGGACUGCAAGCAGGCGCGGAGCGCGGUCGAAAGAAACGCCGAGGAUAAUCGGCUGGAGAACGGCGGCAGGAUCGCCCCUCGCGAUCACCAGGAGGCCCCGGAGAGGCCGCAUCCCGCGGCAAACGUCCCGGUCAACAUUGUGCGAAAGCGCGACAGCCUGACCGAGGAUCAGCGGCCGCAGCGCAGACUGGAGCUCCGCAGGAACUCCCGCGGGCAGGAUCCGGCCGGUCUGGCGGACAAUCGGGGAAAGGAUCGGGAGAAUAAUACCGCGACGGCGAAGCCGCCGGUGGCCGCCAGGACCGUCAACGUGUCCUUCGACGACGAGGAACGUCGCGCCUCGUCCGCCAGUCCGGAUUCGGCGAGUCGCGCGGAGAAAUGCAACGGCCGCGCGGAAGGGCAGGCGAACGGACCGACGCCCGCGUGCAGAUCGAGCCCCGGCGAACAGCCGGAAGCGUCCCCGGCGAGCGAGAAGAGCGGCGAGGCUGCGUCCGCCGUCGAGAAGUCGACGGGCGUCGCCGCGAGCGUUGACCGCGCCGCCGCCGCCGCCACGGUGCUCGUCGUCGACGAAGCAGAGCGUAAAAUCGCGCCCGGCGACCGCGAAGACGGCAACGACAGCGACAACAACAUCCACCGGCAGGACUGGCUGGAGGCGGGCAUCCAUUACUCCUCCACGCAGAUCACUCUGCACGGAGACGACGGCGACAGCGACGCCGUCGACGGGGACCGCCUCAACGGCUACGAUCAUCACGAGGAAGAGAGGAUCACUGACCUCGAUUAUAUCAGCAUACAGGAAAGGAUCGCGAUGUCUUCCUUGCAAGGAUUACCCCCGCUGCCGAGGAGCCUGAGCGGCUUCAAUCUGAGCAGCGGACGCGGCGAGAGCGGCGAGCCACCUCCGCCGCCCACGAGGUCGUCCAGUAAAUCCCAAAGAAGCGGUAAAACGUCGUCGUCGAGACCGUCGCCACCUGCUAGACAGCUCACCACCCUGGACACUCAACUGGCGGUGCUCAGGAGAGAAAUGUUUGGCCUGCGGCAACUCGACCUCUCAUUGCUGUCGCAGCUGUGGUCGCUGAACGAGUCGAUCCAGGAGUUCCGACAGCUGCUGCAGGAGCAGGAGGACCGGGCGCCGUCGCCGUCGCCGAGCAGCGAGGAAGGGGACGACACGUCGUACGGAACGCAUCCGCCGCCGCCACCGAGGAGGCCGGCGCCGACGCUGCAUCAUCAUCGGCCGCCACGGCCGCCCAGGCCGCCCAGGCCGUCGGCCAGCGACGAGUCGCCGUCGAGCGAGGAGUACGGGGCCGUUUGACGUAUCGUUACUGAGAGGAAGAAGUACUCGAGGAGGUCCCGGUCGUCCCAUCGCACCUAAGAGCGACAUUCCAAGAGGGCUCGACACUCCCCCGAGUACGCGAACAAGCACGCGAGAGACUUGAAAACCACGUUCACGACGAUGCGAUGUGAUCUCGAUAAUCCUACUGGUGAUAAAAAAAAAAAACACCCAAACUACUGAUCCCUAGAAGUACCUGCAACGUUAUACGAAACGCCACUCGAGAUCCGUGCGAGAUCUGUUUAAUUCGCGACUGAUAAUCGAACCGAAACCGUUCGGGUGGAAGAUUAUUCGCGCUCGGGCCGCAGAGUGCUAUCAGCCAACUACGGAGAAGCUUCUCUUGCAAACCGUCACUCCGAAGGACUAUUACGAGAUUGUAAUCCACAGCGCUGUUGCAGCGUGAAGAAAAAGGGACUGUUGAUCGCUCGAUAACGGAAGACUGCAGUAGUUUUUAGCCGCCGAAGGCUUAUUUAGCGUAUGCAGGGUAAUGAUCGCUUCACAGCCCGGAGAAGAGUGUUGAUUUACCAAUAAACUACGACGUUCCGCGUGUGUCGUAUUUUAGAUAAGGAAGGACACAAUUGCCGCGAGCGCGAGAGAGCUGAUUCCCCAGCUCGGCCGCGCUCCUCUCCUCUCUACUUGUGAUAGCGCUCGAAGGGGCCUUUGAUUAAUGAUAAUUGCGCCCGUUUAUGCGGAUUAAGAUUUCUCCGGGACUACUUGCUCCCGUCGGAGAGCAAUCAUAACGGAUCCGAGCCCGCUGCACCGCGUCCUUUUUAGCAGCCCUUUUUCGUAGCCUAAAAAAAUAAAAUAGCGCGACUCCUCGGCGCCUGGUGAAUCCGAGAGAGUCGCGACGUUUCGCCUCCUCUUCCAUGAUUUUUGUAUUCAUUGCGUCCGUCACGAAGCUUGUUCUCGUUGUUGACUCCGGGUCAAUUAGAUAGGCACGCGCCGUACACGCGAAGAAAGGAAAGAGUGCGGUAUACCGAAAAAUAUAAUUGGCAAGCGCGCGACGCAGCCUUGCGAACGUAUCUCCCGAUCGAUCUGUCUUCAACUUCCGUGCGACGAGCCUCCGCGUGUACGGCGACUUUGCGAAAAUACUAAAAUUGUCAAUGUUCCGCGGCGCCCUCUCGCUAAGAUUAGCACGAGCUGUGUGUAAAGAUACAUGAUAAGACUAUGGAAAAUAAAUGAGACUUAAUUUAAAUACA